AUGUCUAAGAACUCAGAGUUCAUCAAUCUCUCAUUUUUAUUAGAUCAUGAGAAGGAAAUGAUAUUAGGAGUUUUAAAAAGAGAUGAAUAUUUGAAAAAAGUGGAGGAAAAGAGAAUAAGAAAGCUGAAAAACGAACUCUUUGAAGCAAAACGUAGAAGUGGGAAGAUUCAACAAGAGACCAACAGAGUCUGUGUUCACUGUCAGAGAAACCUGGGCUUAAUAUUUGACCGGGGAAACCCAUGCCAGGCCUGCUCACUGAGGGUGUGCAGUGAAUGUCGGGUCUCGGGCCUUGAUGGAAGCUGGAAGUGCACUGUCUGUGCCAAAGUCACGCAGCUUAGGAUUGUAACUGGUGAAUGGUUUUUUGAAGAAAAGGCAAAACGUUUCAAGCAAGUCAAUGUUCUAAGCACUGAUGUUGUCCGACAGUCCAUCUUAAGAAGAAAUCCAGGAGCUAAGGAAAUACAAAGCCAAGAGAAAAACCACCAGAAUGCAGAAAAGUCAAAUACUUCACCUUCUCCUGGGCAGAAGGCCAGCCAUGAUGAGUCCAAGAGAAAGGGAUUUCUUCUUAGCAAGUUCAGAUCAGCAACCAGAGGAGAAAUCAUCAAAUCCAAAAUUGAAAGUGGGUGGAACUACAGCAUGGAAUUAGAUAGCCAAAAUUUUCGUUGUUUAAAGUCAGCCCCCAGUUCAGACAGGGGAAGCACUGGUUCAUCAGAUCUUAAUGAUGAGGAAGUUGGUCCUGGAUCCCUGAAGAGCAGCCAGAGCAGUGGUAUGACCACAGUAACUCAGAGGUCAGCCCCAAGCCCAUGCAGGAUGACCCCAAUCAUCAGUAGAGAGCAUGGUUUUGAAAAUUCUUUGGAUUUGGCUGCCAUUGAAGGCACCUCCGAGGACUUCACAAAGAAUCAUUGCAGAAACACUUCUCAUACACCUUCCAUAGCAGUGUCUGCGGCCUCCCUCUCCUCAGACCAGAGUCAAUCUGCGUUAGAUUUGAGUGGGUCAUUCACAGAAGACUUAAAGGAUACUGUAAAUUUAAGAAGCAAGUCUGUCCCUGGGGCUUUAGACAAAGAUUUGGACUCUUUGGAAGAGACUGAAGAAGGUAUUGAUUACGUAGUGUCCUCCAGGUUUUCUGCAAACACCCAAAGCCUAGCAAGUGGCCUGUCAAGAAAUUCUCAAGCAGGCUCUGACAGGAAAUGGACUUACCUAAAUGUGCCUGAUGCUGACGCAGACACUGCCAGCCUUAAUAGCAUGCUGAGUGUUUACAGUGAAACAGGAGACUAUGGCAAUGUGAAGGUCAGUGGUGAAAUCCUUCUCCACAUCAGCUACUGCUACAAAACUGGCGGGCUCCACAUUUUUGUCAAGAAUUGCAAAAAUCUGGCCAUAGGAGAUGAAAAGAAACAAAGGACAGAUGCUUAUGUCAAGUCAUACCUUCUUCCUGACAAAUCUAGAAAUAAUAAACGCAAGACCAAAAUCAGAACAGGCAUCAAUCCAGAAUUCAAUGAAACACUAAAGUAUACUAUCAGCUAUACCCAACUGGAAACAAGAACACUGCAGCUCUCAGUCUGGCAUUAUGAUCGAUUUGGACAUAACAGCUUCCUUGGGGAGGUGGCGAUUCCUUUUGACUCAUGGAACUUUGAAAAUCCAAGUGAUGAGUGGUUUGUACUUCAACCCAAGAUGGAAUUAUCUACUGACAUUGGCCUUCAAUACAAAGGAGAGCUGACAGUUGUUUUACGUUAUAUUCCCCCAGAUGAAUACCGGACGUUCCCACCAGGACAACUUCAAGGAAAGAAGGCCUUUAAAAUUGGAAAGAAGAAACCACCUGUACUCUCUGGAGGAAUACUAGAAGUGUUCAUCAAAGAGGCAAAGAAUUUGACAGUGGUGAAGUCAGGAGGCACUGCAGAUAGCUUUGUGAAGGGCUACCUGCUCCCUGAUGAUAGAAAAGUCACCAAGCACAAAACUCUGGUAAUAAAAAGGACUGUUAACCCUCAGUGGAAUCAUACUUUCAUGUUCAGUGGCCUGCAUCCCCAGGAUAUAAAGAAUGUUUGCCUAGAACUUACCAUCUGGGACAAGGAGGCUUUUUCCAGCAACAUCUUUCUGGGAGGAGUUCGUUUGAAUUCUGGAAGUGGUGUGAGCCAUGGGAAGACUGUGGAUUGGAUGGACUCACAGGGAGAAGAGCAACGCCUUUGGCAGAAGAUGACUGACAAUCCUGGGACUCCUGUAGAGGGUAUACUCAUGCUUCGUUCCAGCAUGGGGAAGCGUCAGCUCUGA